GCGGGCGGAGCGGAGCGAUACCGGGAGCGACACCGGGGGAGUAGCGGGGGCCGGGGGGGGGGAUCGCGGCGGAGCCCCCCACAUGGCUCGGGACAAGGAAAAGCGAAGCUGCGGGCAGAGGUUGGCCGAGUGGCGGGCCUUCGUGUGGGCCCCGCGGAGCCGCCAGUUCCUGGGCAGAACAGGCACCAGUUGGGGCCUGAUCCUGCUCUUCUACCUGAUCUUCUAUGGGUUCCUGGCCGGGCUCUUUGCUCUCACCAUGUGGGUGAUGCUGCAGAGCGUCGACCCCCACGUCCCCAAGUACCAGGACCGGCUCGCCACCCCCGGGAUGAUGAUCCGCCCGCGCACGGAGGGGCUGGAUGUCACCUUCAACGUCACCAAGAGCCAGACCUGGAGUCACUACGUCCGCGCCCUGCACCAGUUCCUCGAGCCGUACAACGACAGCGUGCAGGCCGCCCGCAACGCCGCCUGCGUCCCCGGCCGCUACAACGAGCAGCCGGACGACAGCGUCCCCAACUACCCCAAACGCGCCUGUCGCUUCAACCGCUCCCUGCUGGGACCCUGCGCCGGGCUGGCGCCCGCUGACGACUACGGCUACGGCGUCGGCCAGCCCUGCGUCCUCCUCAAGGUCAACCGGGUCAUCAACUUCUUCCCGGGGAAGAACAAGAGCAUCAAUGUGAUCUGUGCCGCAAAGCGGGAGGAAGACGCCGCCCUCCUGGGCCCCCUCCAGCUCUUCCCCCCCAAUGGCUCCAUCGAUCUCAUGUACUUCCCCUACUACGGCAAGAGAGUCCAUAUUUGCCUGUCCUUUGCAUAG